AGGCUUGACACUGAGUGAUGACCGUGGCGCACAGAGACUCGGCAGAACCGGAAUAAAACGCGGAAUAAAACACACAGAGGAAGGAGGGGAGGAGGGUGCUCGGGUUGUGGACACCUGCGCGUCUUCGCUUCGGCCGCAGGUGCUCUACAGUCCCUCUGACGGGAGAGUUUCACAGGAGGGAAGUAAGAGAAGAUCUCAUCCUAGGAUUACUUCUCCAUUUCUCGCCUGCUCUCAUUUGGUUUCCAGUCUCUCUUAAAGCAAACUUUCCCUUCUUAUGCGGCGUCUUCAGCCUUAUUGCCACCCCAGGUUGGACAAAAAGAUCUUCAUCUGGAGCUUUUUCUGUUGGUGGACUGCUCUGUGAGACUGUCUCCAAACGCGGAUUACACUUGGCAGCUUCCCCAACUGAACGGAGAAUUCCUCUGAACUUCAAACUUGUUAAUUGUGAAGCGAAAAGGAGUUUUUUCCAUCACAUCGGGACAAUGUCUGGAUUAUUACUGCAGCUCCUCACUCUGCCCCGAGGUAGAGGGGAAGAGUAAGGGAGCAGAGAGAGAGAAGGAGAAAGAGGGAAGUCGGUGGCGUUUGGCUGCCGUCCAUUAGUUCUUUAGCGCCUUUGCUGCACGGGCUCGUCCAUCUCUUUUUACUGGAUACUCGGACACACAUCAAGAGACGCACGGGGAGGAGCUGCGUUCACACCCUGGGGCCAGCGGCAGGUGACUGUCAGAAGAAAUGCCGGUCCUCGGUGAACUAGUACAUCACCACCAGGACCAUGGCGACUCCUUGGCCAAUGAAAAGAGAGAGGUGCUCCCAUGGCUCCUCCUGUCUUGCUAGAUGGUUGGCGUCCUCCUUCAUGCUCCUAUGGUUCCCGUGGGUGUUGCUGUGGUUGCCAUGGCCCACCCGAGCUGAACAAGAUGGUCGUGGAGGACACAGUGGAAAGACUCUCCACGGCUCCCUGUCCUCUCCCUCAUUAACCUCCUCUUCAUCGUCAUCGUCCUCCGCCUCGUCCCCGUCCAGCUCUUCAGCGUGGGGCUUCAACACGAGGCAGAGCGGAGGGCAGCUGGACUGGCUGCUGUCGGAGAAAGGACCUUUCCACAGAUGUCCGGAGUACACGGAGUUCAGAGAGAGGUUUCAGCAGGGAUUUUCUACCAGAUACAAGAUUUACAGGGAGUUCAGCCACUGGAAGGUGAACAGCUUGGCAACAGAGAAGAGAGAUUUCCUCAAAGCCCCGUUGCCCUUAGCGCCAGAGUUCCUACGCAACCUGCGGUUACUGGGGCGACGGCCGACCCUGCAGCAAAUCAACGAAAACCUCAUCAAGAAGUACGGGACCCACUUUCUGGUGUCUGCAACCCUGGGAGGAGAGGAGUCUUUGACCAUCUUCCUGGACAAACAGAAGCUGAAUAAGAAGUCAGAGGGGAACAGUAACAGCUCAGUGGUGUCCCUGGAGCUGCUCCAUCAGCUGGCAGCUUCCUACUUCACAGAUCGAGAGAGCACCUUAAGGCGACUGCACCACCUCCAGAUCGCCACCUCUGCAAUCAAGGUAACAGAAACAAGGACUGGCCCUCUCGGCUGCAGCAACUACGACAGUUUGGAUUCAGUUAGUUCAGUGUUGGUGCACAGCCCUGAAAACAAGAUCCACCUGAAGGGAUUACAAGAUGUCCUGCCAGAGUUCUUGCGUGGGCGUUUUGUGGAAGCAGCCCUCAGCUACGUGGCGUGCAAUUCAGAGGGCGAGUUACUGUGCCGCAACAAUGACUGCUGGUGCCGGUGCUCUCCCCGUUUCCCAGAAUGCAACUGUCCAUUUGCAGACAUCAAGGUCAUGGAGGAGAACCUGGAGAAGAGCAAAGAGGCUUGGAGCAGCUUCAACCAAGAGUUCAUGGAAUCAGAUGAAUUCAAGGCCUUCCUGAAGCGCCUACCCACUGACAGGUUCCUGAAUGUGUCCACGAUCGCCAAGUUCUGGUCGGCCGACUUGUCCCUCCAGAAGCGCUACGCCCAGCUGGAGUCCAGUGCCGCCCUGGUGCAGGGCAAAGCCCAGAAGAUCAUCAGAAAACUGUUCACCUUGAGCAAACGCUGCCCCAAACAACCUCGCAUCAGCCUGCCACGAGAGAGACCUGUUGGCUUUUGGUUGAACAGGGCUCAGUCUCUGCUCUACUGUAAUGAACACGGAGUGCUGGGCUCCUUCUCUGAAGAGGUAAAGAGUUGUAUCUGCCCCUUGGAGCAGCCCACCUGUCAGGGAGCCGUCCCCUGUGUCGUGGGCACCUCCUUGACCUCCUGCCUGUCCUGCGCCACUGACAACGCGACCCGCUGUGGAGCCUGUCACCACGGAAACCUACUUCACCUUGGUUCCUGCCGACCGAGCAUCGCUGCAUCUCUGGACCACUAUCUGAACCUGGACUUGGACAUGCCCGAUGCUGAGGUAAAGUACCUGCUGCACCGUCUGGACAGCAGAAUAGAGGUCCACGCCAUUUACAUCAGCAACGACGUACGCCUAGGAAGCUGGUUUAAUCCGGCCUGGAGGAAGAGGAUGUUGUUGACGCUCAAGAGUAACAAAAACAAGUCCAAUCUGAUCCACAUGCUGAUGGGCAUUUCUUUUCAGAUUUGCUUGACUAAGAAUUCAACCCUAGAGCCCGUGCCUGCCAUUUACGUGAAUCCUUUUGGAGGGAGUCACUCAGAGAGCUGGUUCAUGCCCGUGAACCAGCCCGACUUCCCCGACUGGGAGAGAACUCGACUGGACGCUGUUGUAACAGCUCAGUGUUACAACUGGACGCUGUCUCUGGGAAACAAGUGGAAGUCCUUCUUUGAAACGGUGCACAUCUACCUGAGAAGCCGCAUCCUCACCGAUGACCCGACAGUGAAUGAAACUCUCUUCUAUGAGCCGCUGGACCUCGACGACCAGACGUCCAACCUGGGUUACAUGAAGAUCAACACGCUCAAAGUGUUUGGAUACAGCAUGCACUUUGACCCCGAGGGCAUCAAGGAUUUGAUUCUGCAGCUGGACUACCCGUACACGCAGGGGACGCAGGACGCCGCCUUUAUGAUGCUGUUGGAGAUGAGAGACCGGAUCAACCGGCUGUCUCCGCCGGCACCGCAGCCGCUGGAUCUGUUUUCUUGUCUUUUGCGCCAUCGGCUCAAGCUGUCGGCCGGAGAGGUGGCGCGCAUCAAGGACUCUCUGCAGAUCUUCAACUCCAAGCUCCCCAAUGCCUCACCUGAACCUGAGCUGGCCCAGCUGUGCAGCUAGCUAACCUAGCGGAGGAGAGUCUUCUAGGAGGGAGCGGAGUCACGAGUUGUGGAUUAUUUAGUGCAGAUGAAAAGACACUGAGCUCAGAGGUUGAGCGCUGGGCUUUCGUCUCUUGGCGUGUUUUCUGGUGUCACGUUUUUAUUUCGAAUUGCUGCCAGAGCACCACGCCAAGUCGGAGUGACGCUUGACCUUUUUGGAGAACCGCUGAUACUCGGACUCUUUCAGAGGAGGAACCAAGAGGCUUACUUUUGCUAUUACUGCCCUGCUUUAGCAAACUGUACAACAGAGACUCUUUCAUUGACGAGAUUAGGAUGUGAUUAUAGACUUGAAAAGUUACAGGUGGUUUUGAGGCGUCUUCACAGGAAGAGGAUUCCCCCUUUUCUAACCCGAUCCUCUUUGGCUACAGAACAAUCUCAUGGGAAGGGAAAAUGGGUAAAUAUAUAUGUGGUGAAUGAGGUGUUAUGUUAUGCUUAACAGUUAAAAAUUUGAUAAUCCUGAACCCUAUUAAUGUCUUUGAAUAUUUCUUUUUAAUCCCUGCCUUCCAUUUUAUCUGGCAUUUGAAAACUUGUAUCUAUGCUUAACAUCCGAGUGAGAAUCCGGUUAGUGAUGUUCUGUCCUUGGUGGUGUGUCUAUACCGAUAGACGGUGUACACAUCGACAAACUGAAUGGUAAAAUAUCUAAAAUGUUACUUUUUUUUCAGCUGAAAAUCAGAGAGAAACCUUCAGAUGUGGUGACGAAAAAGUCUGCGGAUAUUGCGCUGUAAAUAACGCUCCAUCUAACCCCAGGUGUGGACAAGUGCACAUUGCUUUUUAGAUAACUGAGUGCAAAGACCAAAAAAAUGUUUAUAACAGAACAAACUCAUGCCUUAUAUGGAGAGUCAAUGUUAAGAUAAGAAGCACAUUUAGUUUCUGUGUUUGAUUUCCUGGCAAAGGCUGUAUUGCUUUUUAUAUUUUAAUAUUUCUACCAAGACAGAAUGACGGACACAUUCUCCAGGAGCUAGGCGGUGACGUAGCUUCUCCAUGUAAAUGCCAGUCACACAUACUGCGGUUAAUUCUCUUGAUUUGGUGUUGUGAUAAUUUGAGUCACUAUCCACAGUGCACACCAGUACUUUCAAGUUUUUAAUGCUUUGGUUUAGUCUCAGGUCCAAGACGCAGACAUUUUGUUCUUCUUCUUUUACACGUGGGUCCAAUGUUAACCGCCGUCUACCAUGGCGAAAGGAUUACGUUUUCUGCAAGGCAGUGUUGGUACUUUGAAAAGCUGCAAACUCAUUGAAUUCACUAAU